GAGAAGCAAGCGAAGGACGGAAGGGACGGGAAGGGAAGGGAAGGGGGGAAGGAGGUGAGCAUCGGUGCUGGCGAUCUUUCGGGGGCGCCCCUGACCGCAGCUCAAACUCGCUCGCUCUCGCUCUCGCUCACUUUCUUUCUUGCUCGGUCCGGCAUUCGAAGAGGAGAAGGGGGAGAAGGGGGAAGGGGAGAAAGGAAGGCAUUUGCCGUUUCUGGUUGUGGUACCGAAUGAUCCCCAGCGGCAGCAGUAGAGUAGCGACGUAGGCCACUUUGCUGAUCAGCAGCAGCAGCAGCAGCAGCAGCGGCACUUCCUCUUUCCAUGUCCAUUUCCCGAGCGGAAGAGAGUCACGGCCCGACGGAUGUGAUGUUGUGAUGCGAGUGAGAGCCUGCCUCCUCUCAGUGGAGCAAGCAAGGAAGGACGCACCGCACCGAAAGGACGAAUCGUGCGAAAGGAAGGGAAGGCGAGAGUAGAGGAGAGGCGAGGUGUGGAGCGGAGCGGAGCGGCCAUCCAGCGCGACGGAACUGCUGUGAGGUUCCGAGUCGAGGAAGGAAGCCAGCGAUAAAGUAAGCAAGCAAGGACGGAAGCGGGCCCUGUUGCCAAUGUUGUUGACCUGGAACGGAAGGCCGUAGGUAGAGAGGAAGAGAGAGAGAGGGAGAUUGAGGGCUGGGGGAGGGGGGAGGUCGGUGGUGGUGUCGUUGCAUCGGAGUGGGUUUUUUUUCCACGAGAGUGCACGGAGGUGCAGUCAGACGCCACUCCGAGCUUGAGCGACUUCGAGUGGAGCCUUUAUGCUGGUAUCUUGCGCGCUUGGUUUGGUGCGACGAGAGUGUUCUGACGGGGACUUCCGUGGAGCGGAGAAUGAUCUGCACGGGGACUUGCGAAGGGGAUCUCUGAGGAUCACUCGGCUAGCUUGAAGGUUUUGGAUGUGAUUGCUGAAGAUUCACUGGUUAUGAGCGGCGCUCUAAUGCAGGGUAAGAAAGCGAGGUUCAGGGCUCAGCGGACAUGGAUUACACGCAGCGUGCGGCGGUGAUGGUAGAAUUCCCGACCGAAGGAUUUUCUAGUAGGGCGCAGGUCACAUGCGAGGUUUUGGUCCUAAGAGGAUAUAGCUGGUCGGCCUGUGUAUGCGUCGAGCACUGUGGCACGAGUGCAUCCUAUGGCUGAUUCACUGCAAACAGCUUGGCACGUAAUUCAUUUAGGUAGAUGCUCUGCAGUGAAGUUGUUUUCGGAAGUUGAGAUUGGUGAGAAUUGUCUCCCUCACUUGGAGUGUUAGUUCGCCCCGUUCCAUCUCUGUUUUAGUCUGGAGCUGGCUACGGACUGUUCUGCGAUCAACCGAAGUUGCGCGACUUGUUUUGAGUUGAGGACUUCGACGCUGAACUCAACUGUACGUCAUCCCGAAGGAGUUACUUUUUAUCGUCUCCAAAAAUGGAUGCGUGUAAUUGCUUAGAGCCGCAAUGGUCAGCGGAGGAUUUACUCAUGAGAUACCAGUAUAUUUCAGACUUCUUCAUUGCACUCGCUUACUUCUCCAUACCCCUGGAAUUGAUAUAUUUUGUAAAGAAAUCUGCCGUCUUCCCGUACCGAUGGGUUUUGGUCCAGUUUGGGGCAUUCAUCGUAUUGUGUGGGGCAACUCAUCUCAUCAGCUUGUGGACUUUCACUACCCAUUCGAAAACAGUAGCUUCAGUUAUGACUGUCGCUAAGGUUUUGACGGCUGUAGUGUCGUGUGCAACCGCACUUAUGCUUGUGCACAUCAUUCCAGACCUGCUCAGUGUAAAAACUAGGGAGCUUUUUUUGAAGAACAAGGCCGCCGAACUUGAUAGGGAGAUGGGUCUUAUCCGCACGCAAGAAGAAACCGGACGACAUGUGAGAAUGUUGACUCACGAGAUUCGAAGCACAUUGGACAGGCACACGAUAUUGAAUACCACCUUGGUUGAAUUGAGGAAAACGUUAGCACUAGAGGAAUGCACACUUUGGAUGCCUACUCGGAAUGGAUUAGAGCUUCAGUUGUCUCAUACCCUGAGGCAGCAGAGUCCUGUACCUAUCACUGUGCCCAUUCAUCAUCCCACCAUCAAGCAGGUAUUUAGCACCAACCGUGCGGUUGUGAUCUCUCCAAAUAGUCCGGUCGCAGUUACAAGACCUCGCACAGGAAAGUACAUGAUAGGUGACGUGGUUGCUGUGCGUGUACCGCUUCUGCAUCUCACCAACUUCCACAUUGGGGAUUGGCCGGAAUCGACGAAACGACCAUUUGCCCUCAUGGUGUUAAUGUUGCCCUCAGACAGCGCGAGAAGAUGGCACGUUCACGAACUAGAGCUAGUGGAAGUUGUUGCGGAUCAGGUUGCGGUGGCCCUUUCCCACGCAGCCAUUUUGGAAGAAUCGAUGAGAGCCAGAGACUUGCUUAUGGAGCAAAAUGUUGCGCUGGACAUGGCUAGGAGAGAGGCGGAGACAGCCAUCCGCGCCCGGAACGACUUCCUUGCAGUUAUGAAUCAUGAGAUGAGAACCCCGAUGCACGCUAUCAUUGCUUUGUCAUCACUACUACAGGAGACCGAGAUGACUCCGGAACAGAGGUCUAUGGUAGAAACUGUCCUCAAGAGUAGUAAUCUACUGGCGACUCUCAUCAACGACGUACUAGAUCUUUCUAGACUCGAAGAUGGAAGCCUUGAGCUGGAUAUGCGUACUUUCAACCUUCCUGCCGUUUUCAGAGAGGUUAUGAACUUGGUGAAGCCUAUUGCAUCUGUUAAAAAGCUCUCUGUAUCUCUAAGUCUUCAUCCAGAGCUUCCAGAGUAUGCUGUGGGAGAUGAUAAGAGGCUCAUGCAAACUGCCCUCAACGUGGUUGGAAACGCCGUAAAGUUUACGAAGGAAGGUAGUGUGACGGUGAAUGUGUGUUUAGAACGGCCCGAGUACCUACGAGAUCCUCGCUAUCCCGAUUUCCAGCCUUCUCAUGGAGAAAAUCAUUGUUAUAUCAGAGUGCAGGUUCGGGAUACUGGUCUUGGGUUGAAUCCUCAAGAUAUACCCAAGCUGUUCAAUAAGUUCGUACAAGCUGAUUCCACGACCACCAGAAAUUACGGAGGCACUGGACUCGGUCUAGCAAUCUGCAAAAGAUUUGUGAAUCUUAUGGAAGGUCACAUAUGGAUCGAGAGCGAGGGGCUUGGUAAAGGUUCAACCGUCAUAUUUAUUGUAAAGCUUGCUCUACCAGAACACGUCAAUGACAUUGAUAGGCAGACUACUCCAGCGGUGCAACCAAGUCAUCUUCGAACUGAUUUCAGCGGUGUCAGAGUUCUCGUUACCGAUGACAAUGGAGUGAAUCGAAUGGUAACAAGGGGUCUAUUAAUACGUCUGGGAUGUGACGUGACAGUCGUUAGUUCUGGGAGGGAAUGCUUACAAGUCAUCUCUCAACCCGGCCAACCGUUCAGAGUUCUUCUGCUGGAUGUGUGCAUGCCGGAUAUGGAUGGGUACGAGGUCGCUGUUCGAAUCCAAGAGAAAUUUGCCCGCCAUGAGAGGCCUCUGCUCGUUGCUUUGACUGCCAAUACGGACCGUGCGACCAGGGAGCGUUGCAUGAACCUGGGAAUGGACGGGGUUGUGCUAAAGCCUAUAUCAUUGGAAAAGAUGAGGGUUGUGUUGACUGAGCUCUUAGAGCGGGGAUCUCUUGUAGAAGGCCUACGGAGGUCUUGAGAGUGCGAACGUUUGGUACUUUCAUCUCCCGUGUAAAACGGUGACGGUCCUGCCUCCAUCUACCGUCAACCUGUUGGAUAUCUCCACGCAACAUGGUCAUUUCUGAUCCCUGGAUGAGAAGGAGCUACGUGCUGGUCACACACAGUGGGAACUUGCUGGGUAAUAGUGGAUCCACAGCCUCGACAAAAUGAGGCUUGUACAGAGUUGUGCAGAUGCUAAUUCGUAUUAGCACUGCUCUCCAGGUAGAAAGGUGUGUUGUGAUCUCCAUGUCACAAAUUACUGGACGCUGGAAGUAUCAAUUGAAACUUUCUAGCAACUGGGCUUCCUGCUAUGCCGGUGCCAUGCUCCAAUUGUAACAUACUCUGAUAUCGUAAUAAGCAAUGGUAGUCGUCAAAAAAAGGGAUUUUUCUCCUCGGUGCGUUGCCUUCCAGACCUCCUCCUCAAUCUCUUGCGCCCUUGGCCAAAGUUGUGAAUCUCUCCCUACGCACCGUGCACCAAUAUGAGGCAUAUACAGCAUGCCUGCCCUCGAAUGGAAUGGCUGCUUGUUUCAGGUCGAGUAUGGCUGUCAGAUGUACCCUCCCUGUGUUACGCUCUGCCGAGCCGAUCGGGUAAGGGUCUCCUGCGCCCCGGCGCCUCGCGAUGCCUACUACAUAGCUGGGCCUGAAGGAGUGUGACCACGUUACCAGGUUUCCGUCCUAAUCGACGUCGUUGUGAAUUGCUCCGGGCGUCGUGUAUGUGUCCACUGGCAGUGCGUGCAGUUUACAGUUCAACGUCUGUCUAGCCGGCCUGGCGUGAAGAGGGCGAAUACCUGCAGCUGUGGCCGGGACGGGACAGGACACGCUUUUAUCUCUCUUGUGCAGUCGGAACUCCUGAAACCCUUCGACCCUCAUCGUAUCCAACGCAGGGACACCGGACGUACAGUGGAGCGGACAUAUGUGAACUCAUGAUGGCAGUAAAUUGAUGUGGAUGAUCUUUGCGCUGCACCAGUUGGCUAGUAAUGGCACGUAGUGCAGUGUAUGCCAUGAGACGCAACAUGGAAUCGUUAUGACCGGAGGCAUGCGGAGGCUUUUGUUGUCGGGGACAAUGAUUAGCAAUGGUAGCACAUUACUGAGAGACUCAUGGUUCAGACUGGAAACUUAACAUUGAGAUAUGUCUAUGUUCAUACGCUGGAUUUGUGUUAUUGAAACGGGAAAUAGAAUUUUGUAUAAUCUUGCUAGCGAUGAUUAGAUCGGUCAAGAAUCAGAGUUUCAUUUGCACUAGAAUGUUUUAGGAAUGAAAUGCCUGAUGGUUCUGUUUUGAAAUUCAGAGUCGUAAGUUUUCUGAUCUCAGUGUAAGUCGUCUAUAAGAAAAC